AUGGGUGAUCGUACUCAUUUCCUAUGGAAAGCGUGUAUUUCUACAGAAGAAUGUGAAAGACAAAAGAAGAUUGCUGGUAAAACAUGUCAACGUGAAUGGUAUAUGGAUUGGAGAUGUGUAGAAUGCUGUCAAGGUGAAUUAUGCAAUUAUUACGCUACAGUAAGUAAACAGAUUUUGUUAAAACAAAGUGUCUAUAAGACAUAUGCUAGUGGUUUAAGGGUAAAAUGCCCACUAA